AUGGACGGCGGCAUUCCAAUGUUUGAUGGAGAAGGAUAUGAAUUAUGGGACAAAAAGAUGAUGACGUUGUUUCUCUCUCUAGAUCUUUGGGAUAUUGUCCAAACAGAAAACUUAGAAGCUUUGGCAGAAAAGAGGAAGGAGCCGCUUAGCGAGUUGAAAAAGAGAGACAACAAAGCUCUGUACUUGAUCCAUCAAGGAGUCUCCAAUAAUAUAUUUUCAAUUAUCAUCGAAGCGGAUAGUUCAAACGAAGCUUGGGAUAUUAUUAGAGACCUAUCUUAUGUUGAGGAACAGCAGUCUGACUCUGAGAUAGAGAUAGUGGAGGUCGUAACUGACAUAAUCCAGGAGAAAUGCAUCUUUAGGGUUCCCCAAGAAAUGUGCAGAGGAAACGAUCACCAAGAAUUCUAUGAGCCUAAGGUUCUCGCCAUUGGGCCUUACCACCAUGGAAAACCUAACCUAGAUUCCAUGGAGGUUCACAAGAAAAUUUACCUGAAAAAAUUUCUCAGACGAACCGACAAUGAAAGCAUGAACAGCUUGGUCCAAGCGGUCAUGCAGCACGAACAGAGAGUGAGAAAAUGUUACGGUGAGUCUAACAUAACCAAUGUUAAUAGGGAUAAACUGGCCCAAAUGAUGGUGUUUGAUGGAUGUUUCAUUAUUGAACUCUUACAUAGGUAUAGUGACCCAAAUUACUCUAUCAAUGACUCAAUGUUUAACUCCAACAUCUCGUUAAUUGCAUUGCAAAACGACAUGUUAUUAGUGGAGAACCAAAUUCCAUUUUUCAUCCUCAAAAUCUUGUUCGACAAGAUUCUUCCAACACCUGGAUAUAGUCUCAUUAAUAAUACCUUUGUCUUCUUUGGCAAUAGGCUUAAGAAGUACAAUAAAUAUGACUCAUUGCUUUCCGAAGAAGAGGUGUACCAUUUGUUGCACAUUAUCCACAAAUUUGUAACCUCCCUCUUCUUACCUCUUCCUUUACAACGACAAACUAAAACAACACCCUUUAUGAUCUCGGCCACAAAUAUGGAGGAAACCAACGUUAAAUUGAAGAUGUCUUCCGAUAUAUCCAGAAGCAUGCUUGACAUAACCUUUAAGAAAGGAAAGUUAGAGAUACCAUGUUGGAAUGUAGAUAAUCAAUCUGAGAUUGAGUUCCGAAAUAUAAUUGCUUUUGAGAUGUGUCAACAACUCCCAGAAAAGAGGUUCUCUGAUUACGCGAUCUUCAUGGAUCAUCUUGUUGCCUCGUCGAAUGAUGUGAACUUGCUUACAAAUCGCGGCAUAUUCAACAACCAAAUGAUAAAUGCCAACUCCAUAAAUAUUAUGUUGGAAAAUUUAACGUAUAACAUUCAUCCGUCAGAUUCUUAUACAUAUCAUAAAAUUACAAAAGACUUGAACACGUAUUGUGAGAGCCGCUGGAACAAAUGGAUUUUUUACUUGAAGCAGAAAUACCUCAAGAACCCUUGGACAGUCCUAUCUCUUUUUGCCGGUGGUGUGAUUAUUGGCUUGGCUAUUGUACAAACGGUGUACGCGAUUAAGAAAUAA